AAGUUGACCAUUUCGUCCUGUAAAGCCCUUGCAGAAAACUAAAACAUGGACUUUAUGACUGAUUGUGAUGUGCAAAAGUACAUAGAGGAUGGCUAUGUGGUCUUGGACGGACUGCUCAGCCCACAGGAGUGUGAUGAACUCAGGCAGAGGAUGACUGAAAUUGUGGAGCAGAUGGACGUCCCAGAGCACUGCCGCACCACGUUCUCCACCUACCACGAUGAGCAACUUAAAACACAGGGAAAUGCAGAUUAUUUUAUCACAAGUGGAGACAAGAUUCGAUUUUUCUUUGAAAAGGGAGUUUUUGAUGACAAGGGAGAGUUUAUUGUUCCCAAAAAUAAGUCACUCAAUAAAGUAGGACAUGCCCUUCAUGCAUACGAGCCUUUGUUUAAAAAGGUUACACAUUCACCCAGAAUACAGGGUAUAGCAAAAAAAUUGGGCAAAAGCAGGCCUGUUAUUUUACAAAGCAUGUACAUCUUUAAGCAACCAGGCAUUGGAGGAGAAGUAACACCUCAUCAAGAUGCCACGUUUUUGUACACUGAGCCACUGGGCAGAGUUAUGGGUGUAUGGAUAGCUUUGGAAGAUGCUACAGUCAAUAAUGGCUGCCUUUGGUUUAUCCCAGGAUCACAAAAGAGUGGCAUAACCCGACGUAUGGUGCGUACUCCAAAGGGCACCUAUCCACUGACAAACUUCAUUGGUCAGGAAAAGACAUAUGAAGAAGAUAAAUUUGUCCCUGCACCAGUUAAAAAAGGUGGUGUAGUCCUUAUCCAUGGUGAAGUAGUACAUCGAAGCGAUGAAAACAGAUCAGAAAAUUCCCGUCAUGUCUACACCUUCCAUAUGAUGGAGUCCCAGGACACCCAGUGGAGUCCUGAAAACUGGUUACAACCUACCGAAGAACUCCCCUUCCCACUCCUCUAUACAAAAUAAAAUGACUUAAAUAAAUAAACAUGUCAAUUCAAAC